GGCUGUCCCAACCAGAGCUCAGAAGAAUUCAUGGACCCAAAGAAACAGACACUACAAGGGUUGGGGGGCGCCUAAAGCUAGAUAAAGGAACAAGUUCCCAGAAGAGUUCUCCAGGAAGGGUCAGUUUGAGCAGGGCCUCUACCACGCCCAACUUGAGGACAGCUGCUGUCCAGUGUAGCCAAAUAAACAUAGCCUAGUGAGGAACAGUCCUACCUGCGCUCUCAGAAGCUGUCUCCAGGUGUCCACUGACAGGCUCACUGCCUCCGCUAAGCUCCAGGCUGAACUGGUGGCUACAACUCUCUGCAUUCCCCCAGCCAUGGGGCCCAGAAUAGGUGAGGGGCCCCAGAUGCCAGACAGGAGCACCAAGACCACAGUGGGCACAGAAGACAUACAUGAAAUGAAAGUCGGUGUGGAGCCUCGGGACUCACAUCAGGACCCACAGCCCCAAGGGAUGCUCCACAACAUCAAGUUCUUUGUCCUGUGUCACAGUAUACUGCAGCUGGCUCAGCUCAUGAUCUCUGGCUACCUCAAGAGCUCCAUCUCCACCGUGGAAAAGCGCUUUGGGCUGUCCAGCCAGACCUCAGGGCUGCUAGCUGCUUUUAAUGAGGUAGGGAACGUAUCCUUGAUCCUAUUUGUGAGCUACUUCGGCAGCCGAGUGCACAGACCCCGGAUGAUCGGCUGCGGGGCUCUCCUGGUGGCCCUGGCAGGCCUGCUCAUGGCACUGCCUCACUUCCUCUCAGAACCAUAUCGCUAUGACCACAGCAGCCCUGAAGACAGGUCACAGGACUUUGAAGCAUCCCUGUGCCUGCCCACAACUGUGGCUCCAGCCUCUGCCCUGUCCAAUGGCAGCUGUUCCAGUCACACCGAAGCCAAGCAUCUGACUAUGGUGGGGAUCAUGUUCACAGCGCAGACCCUGCUCGGCAUCGGUGGUGUGCCCAUCCAGCCCUUUGGGAUCUCCUACAUUGACGACUUUGCCCACAAUAGCAACUCACCCCUCUACCUCGGAAUCCUGUUUGCAAUAACCACAAUGGGACCUGGCAUGGCCUAUGGGCUGGGUAGCCUCAUGCUACGCCUUUACGUGGACAUUGACCGGAUGCCAGAAGGAGGCAUCAACUUGACUACAAAGGACCCCAGAUGGGUGGGCGCCUGGUGGCUGGGCUUCCUCAUCUCUGCAGGACUGGUGGUCCUGGCUGCCAGCCCCUACUUCUUCUUCCCCAGAGAGAUGCCCAAGGAGAAAUACGAGCUUCACUUCAGGAGGAAGGUCUUGAGAGGUGUGGCCUCGAUUGGCAGCAAGGGUAAGGAGCUCUCCUCCCAGAACGAGCCUUUAAAGAAACAGGAUGGAUUGGCCCAGAUUGCCCCGGACUUGACUGUGGUCCAGUUUAUUAAAGUCUUCCCUAGGGUGCUGCUGCGAACACUGCGCCACCCCAUCUUCCUGCUGGUAGUCCUGUCCCAGGUGUGCACCUCAUCCAUGGUGGCGGGCAUGGCCACCUUCCUGCCUAAGUUCCUGGAACGCCAGUUUUCCAUCACAGCGUCCUUUGCCAACCUGCUCCUCGGCGGCCUCACUAUCCCCCUGGCCAUUGUGGGCAUCGUGGUGGGAGGCAUCUUAGUCAAGCGUCUCCACCUGAGCCCCUUGCAGUGCAGUGUCCUCUGCCUGCUCGGCUCGCUGUUGUGUCUGCUCUUCAGCGUGCCCCUCUUCUUCAUCGGCUGCUCUACCCAUCAUGUUGCAGGCAUCACGCAGGACCUGGGUGCCCAGCCAGGGCCAAGCCUGUUUCCUGGCUGCUCAGAGCCCUGCUCCUGCCAAUCAGAUGACUUUAACCCUGUUUGUGAUACCAGUGCCUAUGUGGAGUACACCACACCCUGCCAUGCUGGCUGCACAGGUCGUGUGGUCCAGGAGGUUCUGGGAAAAAGCCAGGUUUUCUACACCAACUGCAGCUGUGUGCCAGGGAAUGGCCCCAUUCCUGCAGGUUCCUGUGAGUCAGCCUGCAGCCGCCUGGUGCUGCCCUUCAUUCUCCUGGUCAGCCUGGGAGCAACAGUGGCCAGCGUCACCCACACACCUUCCUUCAUGCUCAUCCUGAGAGGUGUGAAGAAAGAAGAUAAGACCCUGGCGGUGGGAAUGCAGUUCAUGCUCCUCAGAGUGCUGGCCUGGAUGCCCAGCCCUGUGAUCCACGGCAGCGCCAUCGAUACCACCUGUGUACACUGGGCCCUGACCUGUGGGCGGCAAGCCGUCUGCCGCUACUAUGACCAUGACCUGCUUCGAAACCGAUUCAUAGGCCUCCAGUUCUUCUACAAAAGCGGGUCCAUGGUGUGCUUUGCCUUAGUUUUGGCCAUCCUGCGGCAGCAGAGCAAAGAAGCCAGCGCCAAGGCCACUGUCAAGAGCUCCCGCCUACAACAGCUGUAAGCAUCAGGACCAGAGAAGAAACCUAAGGAUUCCAGGAGGUUGACAGUCGCAGCCCCACCCUGACCAGGAGUGCCAGCCACAGCCAUGCAUCCUCUGAGCCUUUGCCAACAGUGGACAAAGCAGCACCCACGGGUGUCAGAAGCACCGCAGUCCAGUGCCUGGACGUCCUCUACUAAACUGUGAAGUGACUUUGAACAAGCUUCUGGCUUUGCUUGCUCUUUGGAACCAAGGAGUCACUGUGUUGGCCAUUUCUCAAGCAAGAGGGCCGUCCCCAUUCCUCCCUGUCAGAUAACCAACCUGGAACCUAGCUUUAGUGGUGGGAAGGAGCUGUACAACAAGCAUCUCUCUCCCCUGAUUCUAGAACAGGCCAACUAGAUCAUGCUGCGGUCCACACAAUGCCUCGGCCCAGCUCUGCCUCUUGUGGAGACCCUCUCCAUGCUUAAGUAGGAGGGGAUUCCAGCUCUCAGGCUCCAGCUGUGCACAUCUGUUCAGUCAGAGUAGGUGCAGGCCUCCUCUCCAAGCCCCUGUGCCCUACAAGUAGUGUCUAUUUGGCGCCCCCUGGAGGCAGAGUCCAGAGAUGAGAUUGAGGAGGGCUUCAAAUCCAAGAGGGAGCAGGACACCACAUUUGAUUGAUGUGUGUGGGCGGGAACCUUAGCUGGAGUAGGAGAGGGGCUCUUUGAUUCAGAAUGUAGCAGCUUUUGUUGUCAGGGAGUCACAGUUGGGAAAGUGAGGUUUACCCUUUCCUUUAGAGGCCAGUAACUUCAGAGACCACUUUGUAUUCAGACCUGCUCCUACUAAAUGUGUAUUGUCAGAAUCUUGCACAUUUGACCAGGGACCAUCAAAAUCAAUGCAACUUUGGAGAAUAGAAUCCUAGUUCAGAUGCCCGGGACUAUGUAACUAAUACCCGAUACUGUCACAGCCAAGUCCGGGUGACCUCUGGUUCUCUAAGGCCUCCAGACCAAUGUGAGGUCUCAGAACAGAGAACAAAAAGCCAAGCUCUGCACAGUGAACUAUGGGGCAGCAUUCUCGGAUCAGAUCCCUGGAGCCCCCAAUUCUUUCCCAAGUCAGGCCUUGUCCUGCUCUCCGGCCAGGCUUAUCUGGCCUAGUUGCUUCCAGGCAGCAGAAGAGAAAGCCCUGAUCUGUUCCCAGCCAGGCCUGCUAACGCCACACACCCACCUGUGUGACCACAAAGGGAGCUACCAGCAGCCACCCUACUUAUGUGACAGCUCUUGGCUAAGGGACAAGGGACUUGUUCCCUGUGCAGGAGAAGGGACUAUAGACGCUCUCGUUCCUGUCUGGCACGGUGACAUGCAUCUGUGACCUAGUGUUUAGAGACUAGAUCCAAAGUUCAGUGUGAGUCUCAACUCCAUAGUGAGUUUGAGUCUAACUUGGACUACAUAAGAAUGUCUCAGCAAAGAAUAGAGAGAAGGAAAGAGAAGGGGAGGAGGACGAAGAGGAGAGCCUGGUCGCCGAAUUCCCUACAGUUGAGUGUUUAACCAGUGCCUGAGCCUACACUCAUCAGGGCCAAGAAUUUUGAAAUCACUUUCACCAAGGCAAGUCUGUUAGCGGUUUUCUAUUCUGUCUGUUCUCCUGCUUCCCAGGUUAUACAGGAAUAGCCUGGCAGUAUACAUACAGCUUAUUAUUAAAUUUCUCUCUGCAUAAUGCCUAUUCCACGACAAAAAUUUAUCCUUCUAAACUGCAUUAGAGGUUUGCGUCAGCCACAUCGCUUCCAGUUAUUUAGACUUCAGCCUCAGCAGGUUAAUUCACUCUGGCAUCGUGCAUUGUCUUCUGCCUUUAUAUUCUGGUCUAAUUUUUCCUUCGACUGGAUUGUUUCCUCUAGUAAUGGUUUCAAAAAUGGAAUACAGUCACGGGGCUGUCUGAGUCCUCACCUGGCUCAGUUGUCACUCACGUUUUACAGAAGAGAAAGUGCCUCAUAAAGGUUAACUGACUUGCUUGGGACUAUAAUAAUACCAUAUAUAACCAUAUACACACACGCACAUACACACACACACACACUCACUGGCGGGGCCAGAGCUGGAUCCAGAUUUGUGGAAAGCAAAGCUAACAUGUCUAAUGAAUUCUCUUUAUGAAAAACAAGUACAGAAUGUUGAGUGCAGGUUGGAUAUGUAGACCACAUUUCAUCGAAUGCCUGAGACCAGAGUAUUUGGGACUUGAGAUCUUUUCAUAUUUUGAGGUAUUUGUAUGAUAAUCAUGAUUUCUCUCGGGGGUGAGACUCUAAACACAAAUUCAUCCAGGUUUCAUACACACCUUAUCCACCCAGCCUGAAAGUCAUCGUGUGUGGUGCGUUUAGUGCUCCUGUGUGUGCUGACAACCCAACACCUGAAAUCACGUCUGAAAUAUCCCACGCGUGUUACACUAGCACUCAGGAAGUUUGCAUGUUAGCACCUUUCAGAUAGUGGGUUUCAUAUUGAGAAUGGUCAGUCUUUAUAAAGUUAAAUAAGAAAAUAAACACCUAAAAUGAGAAAAAUA